AUGCUGGCCGCUCCCCACCGAACCUCAGGGGUCCCCCCGACUCCCCGCCAAGACUCGUCGGGCUCCUCCGGCUCCUACCACACGGCGCCCGGGUCCCCAGAGUCCGGCCGUCGGCGCGGCGACUGGACACGGGGGACACCGGGGGCCCGGGGGGGCGGUCCGGAGACGCAGCCUCGCCUGUCCAUCAGCGCCCAGAAUAGCCACCGAGGCCGGCCCGGCUCGGAUUUCGGCCCUCGGCCCGGGCCUCGCCCGCCCCGAGUCCGCACGCUGCCGUCGGGGGAGAUGGAGGUGAUCUUCAGCCCGGGCCCCCUGGGCGGCCCUCCGGCCGGCCGGGCGGCCCGCUACCUGGACGUGCAAAGCCCCGGCCCCGACCUCACCUCGUCCGGCUCAUCCCCCGCGCCCUCCGAGGGCAGCGGGGACGACGACGGGGACGACGAAGGGCCGGGCCGGAGUGCGGCCUACCUGGAUCUGCGGGAAUCCCCGCCCGCGCCCUCGCUGGAGCCGCGCUUCGAGUGCGUGGAGGUGGCACUGGAGGACGAGGCGCCCUCCCGGACGGUGCCCAAGCGGCAGAUCGAGCUGCGGGCGAAGCCCCGCGCCCCGGGACCGGCCGGGGGCCGCGGGCCGCUGCUGCGGACCGGCUCCCUCGACGAGUCCCUGAGUCGCCUGCAGGCCGCCUCCUGCCUGGUGCAGACGGCCCUGGCCCGGAGGCUGCAGGCCGAGCGGACCCCGGCGGCGGGGGAGAGACCCCCCUGCGCCCCGGGAGGGACCCCCGAGGAGGACCCGAGACGGCGAGGGACCGCCCCGGCCAAGCCCGAGCAGCCGCGAGGCCUCGACGCCUGCAAGGCCCCCAAACCGUGGCCCGGCCUGCGGGAACGGGCCAUCCGCCGGGACAGGCCCCCCCCCGGAUCCGAGCCCCCCGGGCCCGUCAGCUCCAGCGUCUUCCUGCUGGCCAAGGGCGCCCCGUCGGAGCCGCGUCGAUGGGAGCCCGGAGGGACCCCGGAGUCCGGCGACGGCCCCCGGCUCGGACCCCCGCCCCGGCCCCGCGACGUGCGGAAGCUGCUCAAGAACACCUACGCCCUCAGCUUCCAACCGCCCCCCGCGGCCCCCCGGGAGGAGCCCGAGGCCCCGCCGCCCGAGGUCGGGCCCCCGCCGCCACCGCCACGCUUCACCUCCACCCUCGUCAAAGACUUCCUGCCCGUCGUGCCCCAUCCCUGGGACGGGCCCGGGCCGCCGCCCUCCGGGGACUCGAGCAGCUCCGGGCCCUCCAGCCCAGACGGGAGCUCCCCGGGCCGCCCGCCGCCUAAGGUCUACGGCGACGGAGACCCCCCCAGGAGGAAGGCGGAGAACAUCACGGCCAAACCCUACGCCAGGAGCGAGAUUCGCCUCCCUGGGGCCUUCCCGCCCGCCCGGCCCGGCGACCCCCGGCCUGGUGACCCACCGCGGGCUAGGCACGCCGAGGAGCCGGGACCCCCCGGCAGAAGUCCGGAGGAGAGCUGGGGUCCCCCGGAGGAUGGCUCCUCCACCUCGCACCUGCCCGUCGCUGAGCAGGAGGCCUCGACGCCCUUCCCCAAUGAGGCCAGGGGCCCCUCUGCGACCCCCAGCCCGGGACCCCCGGAAGGCCAGCCCCGGGCCCGCGUCUCCGAGCAGCGUAGCUACCUGGCCCUUCCCCGGAGACCCCCGCCGCCCCGGGCCGCCGUCCAGCCGGCCCUCCCCUCGGGCCCACCCGAGGGCGGCCCGCCGGAGUCCGCCCGUCCGGCGGCGCCCCGGCCCCGGGCUGCCUCGGCACCGCCCCCGGUCCGGCCCGGCGACCUCCCCGGCCAGGCCCGGGGACCCCUCGGCCUCCCGCCGACUCCGCCCGGCAAGGUGCUGCUGGACCCCGAGAGCGGCCGCUACUACUACGUGGAGUCGCCCCAGCAGCCGAGGGUCAAGCUGCUCUUUGACCCCGAGAGCGGUCAGUACCUGGAGGUGCUGCUGCCGUCGCCGCCGCCGCCCUCCCCGCCCCGGGCCCGGCUCUACCCGCCCGCCGCCGCCUACCCCGCGCCCCUGGCCGUGGGCCCCGCGUUCUACGGCGUCCCCUACGCUCAGUGCCCAACCCUCUCCUUGCCACCUUCCCCCGGGACCCUCCCGCCCCGCUCCACCGACCUGUUCGCGCCCCCCGUCCCGGCGGCCAAGCUGCCGUGGGGCCUGCCGGGCCUGGAAGCCCUGUACUAUCUGCCCACGGGGAGCCCGGCCCCCAGCCCCCCCGGAGGCCUCACUCCCACCCUGGCCAACAAGGGGUCCCCCUUCAGGGUUUAACGCCCCUCACCCGGCCCUGGGUCGCCCACAGCCCAUCCCACCCCAGUCCCCCCACCUAGGAAGCUCUCCCGUCCUGAGGGUCCCUCGGGCUCCCACCGGGAGACCCUUCCCCACGCCCCUCGAGUCCGGUCCGGCCGUCCCCGGGAAGAUCCCGGCUAGGCAGCACGUGCCGCGUGGCCUCGUGGAUGGAGCAAAGCCUGGGAAUCAAGAGGACCUGGAUUCUAAUCCCGGCCCCGCCACC